AAUGUAAACAAUAACAUUGAGCGGCCCACCGGUAGAACAUCUCGUAAAAUAGCUUAUUGUUUACACACUCGAUCAGUUUUCGUUUUUCCGCGAGUUUUCCGAGUUUUCCGCCGCGAUUUUUGAUUUUCCAAAAACAGUGAAAAUAGAGAAUCAAAUUUUUAUAUUGAAAAUUAGACUCAAAAAUGGAGCUAAUUAGCUUGGGAACCGUUUGUCGAUGUUGCUUAGCCAGUGCGGGUACUUUCUCAUCGAUUUUCGAAAUUUACAACGACUACUACCUGCCGAAAGUGAUACACGCCUGCACCGGAUUGGCCAUUCAACAAUCGGACGGACUUCCGGAAGUGGUUUGCGAGUCGUGUCUCGCGAAACUGGUGGCAGCCUACGAAACUCGUCGCCUGUUCCUGCGCUCCAAUGGUCAAUUGAGGGAACAGCUGAACAGGUUGCGGCAAUCGGAGCAGGAAAUCCUAACUGAGUUGAAUUACUGCACGGUGGUCAAGGAUGAGGAGCAGGGGGACGCGACCGUGGCGGAUGAAAGCAGUGGAAGCAACCCGUUGAGCGAUGACAUACUGACGUGGGACAACGAGAUCAAUGAGCACAUUGAGCAGCUACAGGACGGCAGCGGGGAAUUGGCGGGGGACAUUGAAGAUUCUCUGGAUGAGCUGGUAAUUGAGAAGUGUGAGAACCUGGAGAAGGGAGGUUUCAGUUUUCCACUCGUGGAACCAGUUGGGAAGAGCGGAGAGGAUGAAGGAUCGAACACAUCGUUCAAAGAUGAGUGCCCUGAAGUAGAAACCCUUCCACUGUUUUCGGAGAGCAGUGAAACCUCUGAAGAGGAAUCGGAUGAGAUAGAUAGUAGCCAGGUUAAGGCCGAAGAGGAGGAAGCACAGGAUUGUCCUAUUUGUGGCAAAACUUUUCGGAAUGCACGUUUACUUCAGAGACAUGUCCAGUAUCACAGCAACAAAAAAUCGGAUUGUCCCAUCUGCUCAAGAAGUUUUAGCCACACUAGCAAUCUGAAAAGGCACCUCAACUCACACAAACCUCCAGAGGGAGGAUUGUGUUGUCCCAAGUGCCCGGGAAAAUUCGAAAAGGGAACUCAAUUGUACAAUCAUCUCAAAAUUCACAAGUCUCCUAGCGAUUCCAAUUCCUACCGGAUGCAAUGCGAAGCAUGUGAAAUGGAAACCACUUCGCUGGCUGGCUUCAUCUACCACAUGUCGCAAGAGCAUGGCGUCCCAAAGGACCAAGUGAAAGCAUUUCGCUGCCAUCUAUGCCCGCUAAGGUUCGUUUCCAAACAGGGAAUGUUCCGUCACAUCCAAGCCGUCCACCAGAACCUUAAACCUCCCCCGGAAAACCAUUCCCGAAAAUUCCUGUGCACCGAGUGUGGUAAAAGCUUCCGCCGUAUGAAGCACCUGGAAACACACACCAACUCUCACGCCGGAAUCCGACCGCACCACUGCGCCGAAUGCAACCUUUACUUUGCGCAGAAAUCCAGUCUCAACAUCCACAUCCGGGUAAAGCACCAGCAUCAGAAGCGCCACGUUUGCGCAGUAUGCCGAAAGUCGUUCGCCCAGGCGACGCACCUCAAGGAUCACGAGCUGAUUCACACCGGCCGCAAAGAGCACCAGUGCCCGAUUUGUCGGCAUCGGUUUCACGUGAAGAGCAACCUGAUGGCGCACAUGAAAACCCACCGGAGGCGCCCGUACUACGGUCGGGAUUGUGACAGCCAGUUCAGGCAUAGUACGCGGCUGGAACAGCACACGGCAACGGAACAUGCCGGCGAGAUGGAGAAUUAGUUCCAGUUUGGGGUAAGUCCUUUUUAUGCUAAAUACAACCAAAGAGGUUAGGAUUAGCCAUUAAAGGUAGUUGAAUCCAAA